AUGUUUGACGAGAAGAUCGGAGCUCAUGUGGCUUUCGGAAACUGGCAACUCAGAUACGGACGACUGAUUGGGGUUUUCCUGUUUCGAAAGCCAGUGUUGAUUGUCAGCAGCCCUGAAGCUCUGAAGCAGAUCUUUGUCAAAGAUUUCGCCAGUUUUUCAGACAGGUACUUCGUUGGCGAAGGCAAGCUCCAGCAACAGCUCAUUCAGAAAACUAUAUUUUUCGCCGAAGGGCCGGUUUGGCGACGGCUGCGGAAGAUGAUUACUCCAACUUUCAGUAGCGGAAAACUCCGACAGCUGACACAGUACAUCAACAAGAAAGCUGCACUGCUCGAGCACUAUCUACACUCACAUGCUGUAAGCGAAACGUCCACAGAAGCAAAGCUGGUCUUUGGUGCACACACACUCGACAUCAUUGCCGGUACCACAUUUGGCAUAGACCUUGAUUCCCUCAGUGAUCUCAACGCACCUUUUAUACAACACGCCAAGAGUCUAAUGACAGUCGAUAGACUGAUCCAGCUGAAGCUAGCCCUAGCUGGCAUCUUUCCAGUGCUGAUUCCCUUUCUUAGGUUGUUCAAUAUCGGUUACUUCAAACAAGCGGACAUUCAGUUUUUUGAAGACACACUGAAAACCAUAAUUUUAGAACGAACGGUGACCUCAAAAGGUAAGUCUGACUUUAUACAGAUGCUCUUGGAGGCGGAGUUUGAGCCAACGGAAGGAAUCCACGGUGACACCAAACUUACUACGGAGGAGCUGGUCGCGCAAGGACUGUUCUUUCUAAUUGCUGCGUACGACGCAGGUUCAAAUGUCUUACAGUUUCUGUUCUAUGAACUGGCCAAACACCAAGAUGUGCAGGAUAAGGUUGUCAAAGAGAUACAGACUGUCAUUGGACAGACUACAGAACCCACGUAUGAUAACUGUAAGCGCUUACGAUACACAGAAGCCGUCAUCGAGGAAGUGCUAAGGAUGUACCCACCAGUGCACAUCCUGACCAGAACGACAACACAGGAAACUGUCUUGAAUGGAAUCCGCGUACCUGCGAAUAUAGGCAUCAUAAUUCCUGUAUACAAUAUUGGACGCGACCCGGAGUUCUUCCCCAACCCCGACAAGUUUAACCCAGACCGGUUUAUGCAGGAGCAUAGAGGUAACAUGAAUCCAGCGACGUUCUUGCCGUUUGGGUUCGGUCCUCGCCAGUGCAUCGCUGUGAGAUUGGUCAUCAUGCAGUUUAAAAUCGCUCUCGUGCACGUCAUGAGGAAACUACGAGCCGUGAGUGCCACACCAGAAGUGAUGGAGGUGGCUGACCACAAUGGAACAAUUGUGCCAAAGAUACCCAUUCGAAUAUCGUUUGAGGUGAGGGCUUCUUGA